CUAGUUCACAAGCAGACCACAAACCGCAGGUCAGGUUACCUAGUUCUGAUGGACCAAGUUCUAGUCAUAGGUUCAGGUGGUAGAGAGCAUGUUUUGGCAUGGUCACUUUGCCAAUCCUCUCAGGUGGGUAAAGUGUAUAUUAGCCCAGGCAAUGCAGGAUCCAGCCAGCUGGAUAAGGUUUGCACUGUAGACUUGAACCUAGAUGCCCAUGAGCAGUUGGCAGAUUGGUGUGUAAAGCAAGGCAUUGACAUGGUGGUAGUUGGCCCAGAGGAUCCUCUUGCAAAAGGUCUGGCUGACAGCCUAACUCAGAGAGGCAUCACUUGCUUUGGGCCAUCUUCAAAAGCGGCUCGGAUUGAGGCUAGCAAAGAAUUUGCUAAAUUGUUCAUGGAUGAGUUUUCUAUUCCAACAGCAAGAUGGAAGGCAUUUACUGAUGUCUCUGCUGCCAUUGAGCAUAUAAAUAGCGUGCCAUACCCAGCUCUCGUGGUGAAGGCUAGUGGAUUAGCUGCAGGUAAAGGGGUGAUAAUUACCAAUAAUAGGGAGGCGGCUUGCUGCGCUGUGAGAGCAAUGCUUGAGGAAAGGACCUUUGGAAGUGCUGGUGACGUUGUUGUGAUCGAGGAGUUGCUUGAAGGACCCGAGGUUUCCUGCCUCACAUUCUCCGACGGCACAAACGUCGCGAUGAUGCCACCUGCCCAGGACCACAAGCGUCUCCUAGAUGGUGACAGAGGACUGAACACUGGUGGCAUGGGAGCUUACUGCCCCUGCCCAUUGAUUUCUGAUCGUGAGCUGGAGUACGUGCGGACGCAGGUCAUACAGCGAGCCAUCGAUGGGAUGAGGUCGCGGGGUCACCCGUACGUCGGCGUGCUCUACGCCGGCAUCAUGCUCACGGCGUACGGACCCAGAGUGCUCGAGUUCAACUGCCGAUUCGGCGAUCCAGAGACACAGGUGAUCGUGCCACUACUGAAGACCGACCUGUACACUACGAUGCGAGCAUGUGUGGCCGGCAGCCUACCGUCACGCGAGCCUUCGUGGCACACAGACAAAUACGCAGUGGCUGUCAUCAUGGCCAGCGGUGGUUACCCGGGGACUUAUCAGCGCUCUCUACCAAUAACAGGUGAAUGUGUCGAUGACGUUGUCAGGCAUCCUAACACCUACGUGUUCCACGCUGGCACCUCAUUGGUCGAGGGACAACUGGUGACGAGUGGUGGGCGUGUCCUGGCCAUCGUCGUGGUGAAUGGGAGUCUGGUGACGGCAAAGGACAUGGCAACUCAAGGAGCGAAGACAAUCACAUUUACCGGCGCUCACUACCGCAGCGACAUCGCCGACAUGGCAUUGAGAAGAUCCCUGCAUGAUGAGACGCCGAGAGCUUCACUGAGCUACGCUGCAUGCGGGGUGGAUGUGGCAGCCGGUGGUGCCCUCGUGGAGCACAUCAAGCUGCUGGCGGCGCGCACCUCCCGGCCGGGUUGCGUCGGCAACCUGGGCGGGUUUGCCGGGGUGUUCGACGCGUGCUCUGCCGGCUACAGGCAUCCUCUGCUGGUGUCCGGCACAGAUGGAGUCGGCACUAAGUUGAAGAUCGCGCAGGCAUGCGGCCGCCAUGACACCAUCGGCAUCGACCUCGUUGCUAUGUGCGUGAACGACGUUCUCGCCAGUGCAGCCGAACCCCUGUUCUUUCUCGACUAUUUCGCCUGCGGGUCACUAGAUGGCGCCAUUGCCCGCGACGUCAUUGCCGGAAUCACGGACGGCUGCUGCUCAGCAGAGUGUGCGUUGCUAGGUGGCGAAACUGCCGAGAUGCCGGGGAUGUACAGAAAGGGAGAAUACGACCUGGCUGGCUUCGUCGUUGGCGCCGUGGAAAUGAAAGACCUGCUGCCACGCUCCGUCGAUAUUCGACCUGCGGAUGUAGUCAUAGGAAUAGCAUCAUCUGGGCUUCAUAGCAAUGGCUUCAGCAUGGUGAGGAAGGUUGUAGAGAUGUCUGGUCUCGGAUACAAAGACGCAUCGCCGUUUGGAACUGGACACACAUUAGGAGCUGAUCUGCUUGUGCCGACGAAGAUCUACAGCAAGUCUCUGCUGCCGGUGCUGCGCGGAGCCCACGUCAAGGCCUACGCUCACGUCACGGGAGGCGGCCUGCCCGAGAAUCUCCCCCGCGUCCUGCCACGCGGUCUCGCCGCCAGCCUCGACUCCAACCACUGGGAGGUGGCGCCGGUGUUUGCCUGGCUGCAGCACGUCGGGGGGAUCAGCGAGAGUGAGAUGCUGCGGACGUUCAACCUUGGCGUCGGCGCAGUGCUCGUCGUGUCACCAGAGGGCACCAGUGAGGUGCUGGCGGCUAUACGGCAGUCGGGCGAGAAAGCAUGGGAGAUCGGUGUGCUGGCAGAGAAACAUGGCGAUACACCCGGGGUCAUCGUCUCCAACCUUGGCGAGUCUCUCGAGCGAGCGCUGAAAUGCUGCGACGUGACAGCGGCGACGGCUGCAGCGAAUCACCUGACGGAACAUGAGAGCGCGCGUGCGCCGCGCGUCGCCCUUCAUCUGCGCAAGAAAGUCGGUGUUCUCAUCUCCGGCACGGGUACCAACCUGCUAGCUUUAAUAAACAGCUGUCGAGACACGACCACCUCUGCUCAGAUCGAGCUUGUAAUAUCCAACGUGGCAGAUGCACCGGGACUGCAGCAUGCGAGGGAUGCCGGGAUCCCGACACAGGUUAUCAGCCACAAGCAGUUUAAGACGAGGGCGGAGUUUGAUGCGGCACUAGAUGGCGCUCUCUGUGCCGCGGGCAUCGAGCUGGUCUGUCUCGCUGGAUUCAUGAGAAUCCUCACAGGAGAGUUUGUGAAAAAGUGGCGAGGGCGGCUUAUCAACAUUCAUCCGUCGCUGCUGCCUGCUUUCAAGGGUUUGAACGCUCACGAGGCCGUGCUGGAGGCUGGGGUGAGACUGAGCGGCUGCACGGUGCACUAUGUCGUGGAGGAGGUUGAUACAAGAAACUAUCAGCGGACGGUUGUAUAA